AUGGACACGGAAAACAUCAUUCUAACAGGCGACUUUAAUGCAAGGAGUCUCUGGUGGGGGAGCAGAGCUGAGGACGAGAGGGGUUUACUUUUAUCGGAAAUGAUAGCUGAACUGGAUAUGAAUGUCUUAAAUCAGGGCAGUGACUCCACCUUUUACCAAUACCGAGGAGGAAAGUUACAUAGCAGCAUAGUUGACGUGACCUGUUGUACGUCGGCAAUCCUACAUAAGAUGGAAAGAUGGAGGGUGGACCCCGAUUUUGUCACACUAUCUGAUCAUCGAGCCAUACAGUUUCAAAUGAUAAUUAAUAUCGACAAACAGAACGUCGUGCUAAGGAAUUCCACUCGAUUAUUUAAUACAGCUAAGGCAAACUGGUCUCUCUUCAGAAACGACCUGAAAGAAAGAUUAGAAAAGGAGAACGUAACAGAGGAUAAAAUAAAAACCAUACAAACACCAGAGGAGUUGGAUGAUAUCGUAGACACAUAUGUCAAACAACAAAAUUUAGACGGUAAUAGAAGCGUUACGCGCCAGAAUAAAGAUAACAUAAAGAAAUCGCUUGAUGAAAUUAAUCGUAGCUCUCAACAGUUGUUCGAUCAGGUAAAAACUAUUUUACGCCACUCUAUCUCAUCAGCUGAAAACAAAACCGUUUCCAUCAUAAGGAACACUAUCAAGGAAGAACUCUCUAAAUUUACCCAAAAACCUCAACAACACUUCACACAGCCAUUGCAACAUCCUCUUCGACAAAUUCCAGCCACAAAAUCUCCGCAAUCUUAUGCAAACGCUGUAAAAUCCAUUACGCAUUCAAAGCGACCUAUUCCUACAACAAAACCGGCCAUCAUUGUUAGUGCAAAGCAGCCAGUUUCCUCCCCACAAGAAACCGUUAGUGCGUGGAGGAAAAGUAUCCACUUUAAACAUUAUACAUUUAGCCCUGCUGAGGUCAAACAAGUCUCUAAUAACAAACUUCGGGUAGAAUUUGACACUCAGGAACAAAGAGACAAAAUUAUUGAAGCCAUAAAUUGUCCCGAAAGUUUGGUCAACGCUGACAUUGCCAAAAAGUUAAAGCCUAUGUUAAUAUUAAAGGGCAUUCAUAUCGACACACCUGUGACUGAGCUUAAGGACAUUAUCAUCAAUCAGAAUCCCACCAUAAAAAAUCUCGUUAAGACACCUGACGAUAUAUCCUACCGUUUUAUGCGCAAUAAUAAAAACAAAAAACUUUAUAACACAGUUUUCAUGGUCACCCCGCAAAUCUGGAGAACGGCGGUAGAACUUCAAAAACUAAAUAUUGACCAUCAAAGAGUACACGUAGAAGACCACCCCGCGUACCUUCAGUGUUACAAGUGCUUACUAUUCGGUCACACCAAAAAACACUGCCCAGAAGAUAAAUUACAUUGCUCUCACUGCUCGUCAUCCGGCCACUCCUACAAAGACUGUCCGGACAAAAAAGAAGUUUCCAAAAUCGAUUGUUAUAACUGCAUAGCACACAAUAAAAAAUAUAAUCUGAAUCUAAACACUAAGCAUAGUGCUACAUCUUUGCGUUGUCCUCGUAUACAAAAACAAAUUGAAAGUUGCAAAAAUAGAACUGACUAUGGAUGUUAA